UAGCAUGGCGAACAGUUUGAGCUACAGAACGAACUCUGGCAUUAAAACUAAUGAAACACUUUCACUCACUAAUAUCGACACGGCUCUCUUUCAGCUCGCUUUUCAAUUUCGGGAGCUUUCUCAGAAGAAGAAUGAACUCAACCAACAAAUUAAAGUUUGCAGAGCUGACGUUAUUGAGAGGACGUCUUAUAUUAAAUCAGUCAAAAGCAAAAUAUCACAACUGGAGGAGGAAACCAGGGUGAAACAGAGCACUGUGGCUCACAACAAAGCCAAUGCAAAAAGCAUGAGGGCGACUAACAGCCUGCUCCUUCAGUAUGAGCAGACGCUGAAAGCAGAGCUGGAGAGCAGGAAGGACAGCUACAGCAACGACACGGAAGUCUAUGAAGAAAAACUUACAAGCUACAGAAAGAUAUUCCAGUCACAUCAGGAAUAUUACCACCGAAACCCUCUGGCUCAAGAGCUCCUCGUGCUGCAGGCUGAAAACGAGGCUAUCGAGUGUAGGAUCAAGAGCUAUGAUGAGCAAAUAAUUCAUAAACAGAAGAAGCUGGACUAUUCUACUGCAGCCAAUUCUUCACCCGCUGAGGAACUACGAGACAAUGUUUCUGAUCAGCAGCCCAUAGUCGAACCAGAGAAGGAAUUCGAUCAUCAGACAGAGGAGGACAGUGAUUCCUGCGUUGGUAUAUCCUGCCUUCAUCUCAACCAGACUAAGAAUGAUGAAGUGUCUGCAGAGAUAAAUGCUCAAGCCAUUCAUGAGGAAAUCAAGGAUUCCAGCCAUUACACAGUAGGAGCAAGCAACGAGCUGUGUUCAUAUAAAGAGUUUGAUGAACCCAUACAGCCACAUGAGACCCACACCAGCGAGCAGGACAAGGAAGGGGACCAGGUCAUGGAACGGCAAACCACAGUGUCUGAGAUUGAUGAUAAAGUGGAUCACGAUGUAGAGGGUAGUGUGUCUGUAGAUGAAGAUCCAGCACCAAGUAAAGGUUACUGUGAUGGACUCACUGCUUUCCCUCAUUCAUCUCCUCAAGAAACUAGUCGGUCUUCCUCCCCAGCGAAAAAGACAGCUGUCUCUUCAACUAAGACAUUAGGUUUUAACUUUAGCUCCACCAGCUUGUCACAGCAAGGGCCAGCUUCUGCCUUCCCAUUCACUCUGAACUCUGUCCCCAGCACCCCAGCAUUCUCUGGAUUUGGAUUUGACAUAGGUUCACCACAGGAUGAGGACUCCUCGUUUGCCUUCACCAGUUCUUUCUUCAGUGAGAAGAAAACCUCGGAAUCAAAGUCGUUAAGCUGCUCCCAGUUUCUCUUUGACCAGCCAGAACAAAAUGAUGACUUCCAAUUUCCAUUUACUUCCAAGAGCCAUCUGGGAACCAAAAAAGAUAAAUCCAAUGACGAUGAGUUCCCAUUUUCAUUCAACUUCUGAGGGUUAAAAGAGAAGUUUGUUGUCAUUUCUAUUCUAAGGUCCUAGUUUAUAUUGUUAUUGUAGUUCUGAAGCAGUAGACAGUGGAAAAAAAUACUAAAUUGUGGUUUUAUGGUUUAGUUUAAUUACAGAACUUUGUCAGUAGUGUAAUAUUUAUUUGACUUAUAUUUUACUUUAUUAAAUAUUCACAAUACACAGAACAUAUUUUGAAUAUUAGAAUAGUGGAAUAUUAAAAUACUGCACAACAUAAGAUUGUUCUUUACAGGUUUCAUGUUUAUGUUUAAUGUUUCUACAAUGUAAUAUAAUGCUGUUCAGUAAUUGACUGUAGUUCAGUAUAUUUAAUAAUACAUUCAUACAGUUUGGCUUAAUCAUACACCUGGAUAUCUUUAUGGCA